AUGGGUGCCCUGAUUCUGGAGUGGGAAAACUCAUGGCAGAAGGCCAUGAGGCUCGCUGCAUUAGAGAGGCAAGUGUUCGACUUCCUGGGAUACCAGUGGGCCCCUAUCCUGGCCAACUUCCUCCACAUCAUCAUCGUUAUCCUGGGCCUGUUUGGCACCAUCCAGUACAGACCUCGCUACAUUGUGGUGUAUGCCAUCUGGACUGCAAUUUGGGUCACCUGGAACAUCUUCAUCAUCUGCUUUUACUUAGAAGUGGGAGGUCUCUCAAAGGACAGCGAACUCCUGACGUUCAACAUCUCCCGGCACCAAUCGUGGUGGAGUGAAAAUGGCCCUGGCUGUGUAAGGAAGGAGGCUUCAAUGUCUGGCAUCAAGGGGCUGGAUAACCAUUCCUACAUCUCUGUCAUAGGCUGUGCCCUGGAGUACAGGUACAUCGAGGUCAUGCACAGCUCCUUCCAGAUCCUGAUUGCGCUGGUGGGCUUUGUCUACGCCUGUUACGUUGUUAGUGUUUUUACAGAAGAAGAAGACAGCUUUGAUUUCAUUGGUGGAUUUGAUCCAUUUCCUCUCUACCAUGUCAAUGAAAAACCCACCAACCUUUUGUUCAAGCAGACAUACCUACUUUUCCCCAAACAAACAGUUUGCUGAAUAUCAACAUGAAUUUGCAAACUCUUUUCAUCAACCUGAAGCUGCAUGUGUAAGAGGCCUGCGUAAGUGAAGAGGAGCCAGAGGACAGAUAAACCUUGCACUCCACCACCAAAGGUGCUGCAGGAAACAGCCCCCUGUGGCCUGGAUCUUUGGCAGAGGAAAUGCAGGAUGGUGAACUCCAUUCCAUGUUUUUGUUCCUUGUCUUCUUUCCAAACGCAGUGAAUGUACAGCAAAGAAUGGCCACACAGUUGGUUUGUAAUUCUCCAAGUGCCCUGACGAACCUUUCCUACCAUAGUCUGCUGGUACUAGCCAAGAAAUGACACAGGCCUAGAGACCUCUGGCAGAACAAGUUCACCAAGAGCCUCUCUCAAGAGAUGCACUUGAAGUCGAAGCUGCUUCCUUGUGGCCUUGGAUCCAUAAAGAAGGAAGCACCGCCCUGGGACAUUUCAUAUGUUCUGUAGUUAGUGUCUUCUCCUUUCCCUUGUUCUGAAAAGAGCCUAAAUCCCCUAACACAACUUCAUCUCCUCCCUGCCUGUAUAGGACUUGGUGGGGGCUCUUUACAUUUGAGUUACUUAGGCUUUUUUGGGUUUUAAAUUAUAGUUGAGAAUUCUUCCCUUCUUCCUCCCUGCCCAUCCAGGACUCCCUUCCUCAUCCUCUGUAGACUUGGCAAUAAGCAUUUGUCCUGGAUUUCAGUGUCAUGUGAUCUAACUCCUAUAAUGCUGAACAGCUAAAAACUACUACAAGCACCAAAUCUUUACUCAGCACUGAGCUUUGCCCCAUUUCAACAUGCCAGGCCAUUCUCAGAGCAGCUGCAGCUUGCUCUGGGUUUGCCCAGCUACAUUAAAUUAACACUGGUGUAGCCACAUACACAGCUGAAUCCCCCUGCAGGACACUGAAAAAGGCCUAGUUCUUCAUGGAUCACAGGUGGGUUUGUCCCUGCCUUCUCCAUCGAGCAGCCACACUUAUUCCAGGCACAAGCCUGGCAACAUUCCCAUGGAAGAUGUGUUUGUUGUUUUUUUUUUUGUGACAGGUUUUUUGAGGGGAGGGAAAGGGCUGAAGGGGGAAUGUAAGUGUAAUUAAGUUGCAUUAAUGAGCUGCAGCAAUUAAUAAAAAAAAAAACAACAACAAAACCAAUGUCAGUGAUGUCAGCUGUGUCUCCCAGCACACUGAGUAUCCAGAAGAGAAAGAGCACUUGGCCAGCCAGCUGUGGGAUUCUAUGUUGUGGCUGGUACCUUCCAAGUGCUGUUGUAAUUUGUUAUUGUUUUACCUAAUCUGUUUGGGAUUACUUGGCAGUUUUUGAAAAAUGUUUUUCAGAAGAGUCAAACCGGAAACCAUGCUAGGGAGAAGUGUGAAGGAAGAAUGAAAACAAAUAAAAACAUUAAGUGCUAAAU